AUGCGCUACGACAAUUGGGACAUCAUCCUCUUUCCCGAAGAUUCGAACAUUCCCAUACCAGAGUACAGAACGGCUUGCUACUUCUCACGGGACGAAGACGGCCAUGAGCUACCGACAUUGCGGACGUACAUCGGAUCGCUGAAGCCAGAGACGCCAUUUCGUAUCUCUGUACAUCACUGGGGGCCGCCGAAGCCUUCGCCAUUCAUACAGGAAGUCCAACGAAGGGCUGGCAUGAACAUCACCUUCACCGUGCAGGUCUUCAUUGACAACACCAGGCUUUACCAUGGCAGCUUUGAGCUGAACAACAGUUCGCCGCAAGAAAUCGCGUAUGAGCAGCGCUCGUUCAGGUCAUCCCGGUCCCACGAGCAGCCUACAAGCCAACCAAAGCAACGCCUUUUGUUCCCACGAAGCGACAAAAAUGCUCUCUUGCAGAGCUCCGCAUGGCAACCGCGUGGGACAGACAACCGGAUCAAGAUCAUACUGUCAGAGCGACUCGUCAACGAAGAAGGCUCACUUGACGUUGGCUGCUGGGACGUCGUCUGCUUUUCAUUCCAGCAUGCCCACAGAGAACUGCUGGAGCAGGCUGGUAUCGCGUAUCCUAUCAUCGACCCCUUGCGCUCCCUUCUAGGCGAGCGAGCCACGUUCGUACAGCGGUCGCUUCCACAAAACACAAUGGCUCGUCAACUACAGCGAGGAUCCCGCAUACACUCUGAGCAUUCACCAGAGUCCGAUUCCGAACCUAUCAGACCUGCGAACCCGGAGCCGCACCAACAACCUCCUGAUCGGAUGCCGUCGAUGGCAAUUUACCCGUCAGCUUUCAUGGGACACAGGGGUGGAGGUCAUCUGGGUAUCUGGCACAACUCAUAUGGUUCUUUUGGUGAUCCUGAUGACGAUAUCAGCAUGGGAUCAUGGCCGUCGCAACGGUAUGCGUCUCACAUGUCUGGCUUGGACGGCUUCUACGACCCUUCGUUUCCUCCAUACGCGGCACCUCCUUGGUCAAACAAUGCUGCGUUGCCAGGACAGCGUGCAGGUCCGCAUAUGAACAACAACCGGUCUCGAAAAGACAAUGGCGCCCAACAGGUUAUGAUGGCUCUGCGCGACGACCAGUUCGGGCAGAUUUUGGAAGCUAUCAGUCCAUCGAAGAAGCAACGCAGUCUCCCGCAUGGCUUGCCUGCGCAACGGCAGGAUGCUCGUCAACCAAGUACUCAGGCUCAUCGUCCGCCCAAGAUGGGUGCCCUGUCUGUUCCAGUCCGACCUUCUUCGGCAGCCAUUGCUCGUACAACAGCGUACCCUGACUUCAAUGCCGCCUUGCGCAACAGUGUGAAAAGACCAUCGUCUGAUCAGGCGAGCUUCAACACCAAUGCGCCAUCCAAGACUAACCCACAAAUUGUGCAUCACUCCAGCAGGAAAGAGAACCGUGAUUCGCGGAUACCGACCCCCAACCCUUUCAUGCUUGGACCACAGCGUUGGGACUCUGACGUCUCCAUGAGAGAUGGUUCUUCGAAUUUCUCGAGUCUCUCCCGGUUCGAAAGAGAUCCGGCAAACUUGAGCAGCAAGAUUGGCUCAGCUCAUGCACCCUCAGCCGGAGGCAAUGUGAAGAGUCGGAAAGAAGGUCUUGCAACCGACACGGGUGACCAUCUGGAUAUCGAAGUUCGCCACGACCAGAGCUUGCUUCCAACCGUGGGCGCUAAUUCGAUAGCAAAAGCAAUGUCUACCGCGGACGAUCCGGACAGAACUCCACGCGACAGGCCAAACGAAACGUCUGCAAGCGUUCUCAACCACGUUGAGGUUAUCGAUGUGGAUGCAAUCGAUCCGAGCUUGGUUGCGGAACCCACUGCUGACAUGGCCAAGCUGUCACCCUUCAAACCUGGUCAUCGGGCUAGUAUGUCAAGUAUCAGCAGUACAGGACGUCUGGAGCGACAGUUGUACAGUGCUCUGGGAGAAGAGCUCGGCAGCUUUGAGCAGCAGAUGAACACGACCGGUAUGGGCCAUGAGCUUGCGCAAGCUUUGUCCGGUACUGGUACACACAGCGAUCUAAGCGGCAGCACCAUGCUCGACCCAACUGUGAGUGAGUUCGAACCGGUGAUCAAGAGGAAGAGACAAGGUACCUUUGGUGGCGAAAGAGACAAGAGUCCAGUGAAGAAGAAGGAGAAAGCCCGACAGGUGAUGGUGGAGGACGAUGAUAUAUCUGAGGAUAUGCCGCGACUGAGGGGAGAAUAACUGGGAG